GGCCGGGCUGAGCCCGCAGCGCCGCGCAGGCGGCCCCGGGUGGAGCCCGCCGCACCUCCCGGACUCGGUGCCGCCAGUCCCCGCCGCUGCCAAGGAGCCGAGAGCAGCGCGGGGAUCCGCGCCUGCCGUCCUGGGGAACUGCUGCGGCAAUAUCGCAAUUUAAAAAAAGGGAAGAAGAAAAAAAAAAAAAAGGAAAAAAAAAUUAAAAAAAAAAUAAAAAAUGAAGACGCUUAAAUGCCUCCUGUCAAAAGUAAAGAGCGAAUCUCAGUUGCAAUGGCUCUGCUAAAACUUGAUCAUGCGGGAUUUCAAGCGAUAAAGAGCUGCUGGGCUGCUAUUUACUGCGGUGGGAACAAGUUGCAGGAUGAAAUCCAGGCGUUAAGGGACCUAUUUUCCACUUCACUGUUUGCAAAGGAAUCUACUGAAAUGACUUUGAGGAUCUUUAAACUGGAACUAUGUGGAGGGAGAAUGCACCCCCCCUUGCCUGUCUCCCUGUCCACUUAGCUGCCCUCCCGGGACGCGAUGUCGCUCGCAGGCUGCGGCGGGGAUCACGCGUGCGGCCGGCGGCGCGGAGGCCGCCCCUGAGCCCGGGCAGCGAGGGGCGCGACAUGCCCGCGGUCGCGACAUGUCCUGCAGCGACACCGACAGCAGCACCGGCACCUCCGGCAGCCGCCGCCGCUCCGUCUCCUGAGGCGCUGGGGGAUAAAGCUGGCAAAGAUGAGGAAAAUUGGCUGUGCUCUCCUGGUACUCCAAGCUCUUCUGGCACCUUUGGAUUUUGUUCGUGGAGCAGAGAAAAAUUAUCCCGUCCUGAACAUUGCAGUGAUUCUGGGAAGGACCAAGUAUAUAACAGAGAGAGAUAUCAGAGCUCUCUGGACCAGGGAAAUGUCAGCAGACCUGACUGUUGAUAUCAAUGUAGUGACCCUUCUUGUGAACCAGACUGACCCUAAGAGCAUCAUAACACAUGUUUGUGACUUGAUGUCAGGCACCAAGAUCCAUGGAGUGGUUUUUGGAGAUGACACUGAUCAGGAGGCAGUAGCUCAGAUUUUGGAUUUUAUUUCAUCUCAGACUUCUAUUCCAAUUCUUGGAAUUCAUGGCGGGGCCUCCAUGAUAAUGGCAGAUAAGGAUGUCAUGUCCACGUUCUUCCAGUUUGGGGCUUCCAUCCAGCAAGAAGCCAUUAUCAUGCUGAAGAUCAUGCAGGAUUAUGACUGGCACGUGUUCUCUCUGGUGACCACCACUUUCCCUGGAUAUCGAGAUUUCAUCAAUGUCAUUAAGACCACUGUGGAGAACAGUUUUGUGGGCUGGGACAUGCAGAACAUCAUCAUACUCGAUACUGCCUUUGGAGAUGCCAAGACCCAAAUUCAGCUGAAGAAGAUCCAUUCAUCAGUCAUCCUGCUGUAUUGUUCCAAGGAUGAAGCUGUCUACAUCCUGGACGAGGCUCGGUCCCUGGGCCUCACUGGCUACGAUUUCUUUUGGAUAGUUCCCAGCCUGGUUAGCGGUAACACAGAAAUCACUCCCAAGGAGUUUCCUUCAGGACUCAUUUCAGCAGCUUAUGAUGAGUGGGACUACAGUUUAGAAGCUCGGGUUCGGGAUGGCCUUGGGGUUAUUGCCACUGCUGCAUCAGCCAUGCUGGAAAAGUAUUCCUUCAUUCCCGAGGCCAGGACGAGCUGCUAUGGACAACUGGAGAAAAACGACCGGCCUUCUCAAACCUUGCACAAGUUCAUGAUGAAUGUGACGUGGGAAGGCAGAGAUUUGUCCUUCACAGCGGAUGGGUACCAGGCACACCCCAGGCUGGUGGUGAUAGUGCUGAACAACGAGCGGGAGUGGGAAAAGGUGGGGAAGUGGGAGAACAACUCCCUGAGCCUCAAGUACUCGGUGUGGCCGAGGUACAGCUCCUUCGCCGACAGCGACCCCGACGACAACCACCUGAGCAUUGUCACCCUGGAGGAGGCUCCCUUUGUCAUUGUUGAGGAUGUGGAUCCUCUCAUGGAAAGCUGCCAGAAGAACACCGUGCCGUGCCGGAAAUUUGUCAAACUUAACAACAAAACUAAUGAGGGAACUAACGUAAAGAAGUGCUGCAAAGGAUUCUGCAUCGAUAUCUUGAAGAAGUUGUCAAAAACUGUCAAGUUCACGUAUGACCUGUACUUGGUGACGAAUGGGAAGCAUGGCAAAAAAGUCAAUAACGUGUGGAAUGGAAUGAUUGGUGAAGUGGUGUACCACCGGGCAGUGAUGGCUGUGGGCUCUCUCACCAUCAACGAGGAGCGCUCCGAAGUCGUUGACUUUUCGGUGCCAUUCGUGGAGACUGGGAUCAGUGUCAUGGUGUCACGGAGCAACGGCACAGUUUCACCCUCUGCUUUCCUAGAGCCUUUUAGUGCUUCUGUCUGGGUGAUGAUGUUUGUGAUGCUUCUCAUCGUGUCUGCCAUGGCUGUCUUUAUAUUUGAGUACUUUAGUCCUGUAGGAUACAACAGGAACUUAGCACAAGGCAGAGAUCCCCAUGGACCAUCCUUUACCAUUGGAAAGGCAGUGUGGUUACUGUGGGGCUUGGUCUUCAACAACUCUGUCCCCGUGCAAAACCCCAAGGGGACGACGAGUAAAAUCAUGGUGUCAGUCUGGGCUUUCUUUGCUGUCAUUUUCCUGGCCAGUUACACUGCCAACUUAGCUGCCUUUAUGAUUCAAGAGGAAUUUGUUGACCAAGUGACUGGGCUGAGUGAUAAAAAGUUUCAAAGGCCACAUGAUUAUUCACCUCCUUUUCGGUUUGGGACGGUCCCAAAUGGAAGCACUGAGAGGAAUAUCCGAAACAACUACCCUGAUAUGCACCUUUACAUGACCAAGUUUAACCAGAAAGGAGUCGAAGAUGCCUUGGUCAGCUUGAAAACUGGGAAGUUGGAUGCUUUCAUCUAUGAUGCAGCAGUGCUGAAUUACAAAGCUGGAAGAGAUGAAGGCUGCAAACUUGUCACAAUAGGCAGUGGGUACAUCUUUGCCACUACUGGCUAUGGGAUUGCUCUCCAGAAAGGAUCACCUUGGAAGAGACAAAUUGAUCUCGCCCUCCUUCAGUUUGUGGGAGACGGGGAAAUGGAAGAGUUAGAAACCCUGUGGCUGACUGGUAUUUGUCACAACGAGAAGAAUGAAGUCAUGAGCAGCCAGCUGGACAUCGACAACAUGGCAGGAGUGUUUUAUAUGCUUGCAGCAGCCAUGGCACUCAGCUUAAUAACCUUUGUCUGGGAGCACUUAUUUUACUGGAAACUUAGAUUCUGCUUCACUGGAGUCUGCUCAGAUAGACCAGGAUUGCUGUUCUCAAUCAGCAGGGGUAUUUACAGUUGCAUUCAUGGAGUACACAUUGAAGAGAAAAAGAAGUCUCCUGACUUUUCUUUGACCAAUUCACAAACCAACAUGUUAAAACUGCUGCGAACAGCCAAAAACAUGACCAAUAUCAAUCCUUCAAGAAUUGACUCACCCAAAAGAACAACUGACUUUAUUCAGAGGGGUUCUUUGAUUAUGGACAUGGUCAUGGAUAAGGGAAAUUUGAUAUUUUCUGAUAACAGAUCCUUUCAGACAAAGGACAACUUUUUUGGUGACAACAUAAGCGAACUGCAGACACUUCCUGGCAAUCGUCAUAAGGACAAUCUGAACAACUAUGUUUUCCAAGGGCAGCAUCCUCUUACACUGAAUGAGUCCAAUCCAAAUACAGUAGAGGUUGCAGUAACAACAGAAGCAAAAGUGAACUCCAGACCUAGGCAGCUUUGGAGGAAAUCCGUUGAAUCUUUACGCCAAGAUUCUGUACGUCAGGGCCAAGGUUCCCAGAGAGAAAAUGGGUCAGAGGAAAACAGGCAGCUUUCACUGAAAAGCCAAAGAUACCUUCCUGAAGAGAUUGUCCAUUCAGAUGUAUCAGAGACAUCAAGCAGAGCUACUUGCCACAUGGAAGCUGAAAACAACAACAAGCACCACAAAACCAAGGACAAUUUUAAAAAAAGGACAGUAGCAUCAAAAUUCCCAAAAGACUGUAGUGAAGUGGAACUGACAUAUCUGAAAACCAAACAGGGCUCUCCACGGGAUAAAAUCUACACAAUUGAUGGUGACAAGGAGCCAGGAUUCCGCUUGGACACACCUCAGUACAUUGAAAACAUUGUCCUCCCAGAACCUGUAGAGCUUCCCGAUGUUUACCAAGAUCACAACGACAACUACAGGAAAGCCGAACACUCUAACAGGACUCCGUCACAUAAUGAAGACAGUCUUCCAAAUAAUGACCAGUAUAAACUUUAUGGAAAGCACUACACUCUGAAAGAAAAAAAUACUUCCCUAGGUGACAUGAACGAUAGGUACAGACAGAAUUCCACCCACUGCAGGAGCUGUCUCUCCAACAUGCCCACUUACGCGGGGCACUACUCGACCAGAUCUCCCUAUAAAUGCGAUGCGUGCCUGCGGAUGGGGAACCUCUAUGAUAUUGAGGAAGAUCAGAUGCUGCAGGAUACAACGAACUUAUCACUUCCUGAAGAAAUAUAUGAGCGUACUUGGUCACAAAGUAGCGCUCUGCAAUAUCAUAAAAAGAAUAAACUGAGGAUUAGCAGGCAACACUCUUUUGAUAAUAUCGCUGAUAAGUCCAGGGAAAUUGAUAUUGGAAGACCUUCUCGUAGUAUAAGCUUGAAAGAAAGAGAGAAAUUUCUUCAAAGUAGUCCAUAUGCAAGCAUGUUUAGUGUUCCCUCAAGCAAACUGUUGAGCAACAAGGCCUCACUUGUAACUCAUGCUCUGGAGGACAGUAAGCGGAGCAAGUCCCUGUAUGCUGUUCACUCGGAUGAUAACCCCUUCCUGCACUCCUAUCGUGAUGACCAGCAUUUAUCUCUUAGGCGAAGUCCAGCUGAUCUUUAUAAACAUUCAUUGCCAACAAGAGGAAGAAAUGAUAAUUAUUUCAGGUCAUCCAUACAGUCUACAGCAUCAUACUCUUCCAGGGAUGGUCGGAUCCAUAAUGACAUCUGCUGCUAUACUUGAAGAGGAGAAAAGAAUCUUCCUGCAUAAGUGGCCAUCCUUUCUGUACCUUUCUGGAUGGUGCUGGUGACUUGUUACAUUUUCCUGAUUACAGCUCUAGCAGUUUGUUGGUCAUUCCUAUCACCAAGAUUUCCUGUGACUCCAGCUGGAACUGAAUCAGGCUGUAAAUGAUAUGGGUCCUUCUUGGUAGCAUGUCCUGUAGUGUUACACUGCUCCUGGACGACACCUUUUAUGGAGGCAGGAUAUUGAAUUGCUGAGGAAUGCAGUAGGUACAUGGAGGUAAAAACAGCUACAUAGACAUACCUGCCUCUUGCUUUUUUUUAUCUUUUAAAGAUAUUGUAGAAUUUCUUCAUGGUUUUGUCUUUCCCUUUUCACUGCAGCAAAUUUUCCUUUUUUUCUCUCAAAUAGAUUUUGUGUUCUGCUUGUUUCUUAGAACAGUGUAGCCACCCACUAAUUUAAAAGCAUGGAGAUAAGAUAUUUUAAUAUAUAAGAUAAAAUUAAGGCAAAUUAAGAGUUUGCAUUUCUGGAAAAUUUAAUUUAAUGUUUUUGCAGCUUUUUCUCAGAAUUCAUUACUCUGCUAUCUAAGAAGCUUGGUUAGGAGAAAGAGUGCUGUGGACAGACAGAAAUGAAAUCACCGCCAGCUCACCGUGUUUUGGCAGCAUCUCAUAAAUACAUGUCUCUUUAUGGUCUUUCAGGAACACUUAAGAGGUGAAAUAAGGCUCAGAAGGGGAAUCAGGUGUGGUUUGUUUUUCCUGAUGAAAGCAAAUAUUUUUACACAGUUUUAAAGGAAGCAAAGGCUAGAGCUGUGUGAUUAGCUUUGGGUUUCUGUGCUGGAAGGCUGAGCUCAGUUACCAGAUGGGAGAGAGAGAAAGCAAGAGAAAGCGAAUUCCCUCUGGAUGGAAGUAGAGGACUGAAGGGGGAUGUGUCCAGAAAGAUAUUACCUAUCUCUGUUGACCUUUUAGAAAGUGUAGGCUUCUAACUCAGAUAUCUCAGGUGGGCUUAGAAAAGCAUGGUCUGUUUAUCCUUAGCCUCAAAAAUCUGUCAGGUAAAUCUGUGAGUACCAGGUUCAGCCUUGGAGGUGUUAUAGGUCCCUGUGCUUAUGCAAAUAGGGUUUUUGUGGGGUUUGCAGUACCCCCUGCAUAGCUGGGAUAAUCAUUUGCUUUAAACCAUGUCACUACCCAGCAUGGGAGAAAAGUAUCAGGAUCUAUUCCUCAUGGAAUAACUUGCAAUUUGCAUAUUUCUGCAGUGUAACAUAUGCACCUUAGUGAUGAGGAUGAUUUUGGUACUGUUCCAUCCCAUGCUGAGUUUGUCAAUGUUAAACAGAAAUUGUGUCACAAAUCUAAGGGUCUGAGAAUCUGCCUGGAUUUAGGAAGAAUUCAAGAGGUGAACUUUUUUGUCAUUUUACAUUGCAUUUAAGAUGUAUAAAACCUAGUGAAAACAAAACUUUUGUAAAAAAAUUCUCUCCUACUUAAUAUAAAAGAGUAACUAUCCUGUGGCUUGGCUAGAUUGUGUCAAGUGUUAAUCAUCACAUGGUGUGCUUCUUUCAAGAUGAGUGUCACACAUUGCCUUGCUAAACUUUCCCAGUCCUGAUCCUAUCUUAGCUCAAAAAUCCUGUUAAAGCAGUCCUUUUUGUAGGACAGUCUGGUUUGCAACAUAAAAAAGUGUUUUCCAGGGAUAGACUUAAAUUAUUUUUGUACCAAUGAUUUUUCUUUUUAAUUGUUAAUCUAAACUUCCUUUCUAUUGAGAGCUGAGCCUUCCAAACUUAGUAGUGCUGAAGGAACUUCUGAAAGAACAUAAAGGCCUUUCAAAAUGUGACUUACAAUACAAGCCAUUUCCUCGCCCAAACUCACCUGUACUGUCUUAUUUAAAUGUAUUAGCAACGUGUCAGCAUUUGAGGGAGCUCAGUUUAAUCACAGCUGUGUAUUUCUUUGUGAUGUGGAUAUAAGCACAGCCAGCAGCACGGUGUGAAGGGCUCGAUGUGCUCGGUGUGAUGGAGUCACCUGUGAAGCUGUGGUUAAAUGGGAGUAGCCUCAUGACCGUCCUGUCUCUUGCAUGUUUCUGAUCAUGCAGAGUCUCUGUCUGAUGUGCCCAUGCUGUACCUGGUGUAAAACUCCUGUGGAGUUCCUCAGCUGUCCGUGUGGAGCUGCUGCCAUGCUCUCCCCGUUCCCGUGUCACAGCGCUGGCUGGCAGAGGGGAGGUGGCUGCUUGUGCUCUCCGGUGUCUUUGCCCGACUCACGGGGAGCUGCAAAUCUGCCCUGCUUCUCCCUGCUCUGCUGGGGAGGGUUCCUGCACUCUCUGUAAAUAAGCUCUUCAUUUAUUUCCCUCACUCAAGCUUUAACUUCUUUUUCCCCCCUGCUUCUCUCGAUGUGUGUACAGAGUAUUCGCUCUAAAAUAACGUGCUCUUCCAAAGUCCUGCAGCUUUGGAAGCCAGGAAAACAGGUGUGCAUCACCCUGCCAUGCAGUGACAGUGCACUCGGUUCUCCUCCUGGGAUCAUGAGCUUUUUUGUUCCAUACUGCAGAAUGUAUCUGCCAUGGUUGAAGCUGUUUUUUGUUUGGUUUUUUUUUAAUUUCUGCCAUUCUAACAGCUGUAAGAAUCCACUGCUGAUUUUGUGAUGAUUUUGUCAUAUCUAUAAUUUAAGAACCAGAAAUAAUAUAAGUAAAAAUAAGUUACCUCACUAUUUACCAGGUUUUUGUUGUUUUACGCUUAAAUGACAAUUCUUACUCCUUUUGCUUAAUUCUUUACCUGUAUUGAAAACAAGGCUAAAUUAGUAGAGAAUAUAGCCAUGCUGUAACAUUGUCAUGCAAUACCUUUAUUAAUAGAUAACCACACUAAAUAUAGUAUUACAUAUUUAAAAGAGAGAUGGUUUCGACUCUCCAACUCUUAAAAAGUAGUGGUGAUAAGCACUUAUACUCCUAGAUGUUUUGUCCUUUCCCUUUUGUAUUAGUAUUUGUUUUCACUAAUAUAUUUCAAAACUUAUAUUUCUGUGCACGUUAGAAAACUGUGAAAAUAAAUACCAAUAAAUAUUGUGAUACUUAUUCAGUGCACUGUAAAGUUCCAAGUGAGAUGAUACUUUGCUUGGGAAUUGAUGAAAGUUUCCUCACUUCUCAGAAAUGGUACUAAGCUUUAAUGUGGGAAAAUGGUAAUAUUUACAGUGACAUGAAAUUUUAAUGGAGAAUGUCUUGUUUUGCACUUCUGGUACUAUUAGAAGAAAUGAUAUGUUUUUCUCAGCACAUGCAUUAUGAGAUUACAUUUUAAAAUUUGUUUUGUGCAUUGCCGUACAUAAGAAUAACCACUUUGAAGAGAUUUGUGUUAUUCCAUUACUUACAGCAUUCUUUUGUCUGAUAAUUUUUUUUCCUGAGCCCGUUUAACAAUGGUGUUUAAUGGCAAAAACCUUUUUUGGGAAUGUAUUUUGGCUUCUGUCUCACAUUGCAAGCCCUGACCUUGGACUCGUAGAGAUGCGGCCGGAGGCCCUGACGAGGCUGCUCUGCUUUUCCGCGCUCCUGGGGACGGGGACCUUCCUUGUUCCCAGCUGGGACGAGACCAGAGGAGUCCAGAGCACUUUUGGAGGAUGUGCUGUGCAACAAUAGAAGUGUAAAUGAUCUUCAAAAGUGAAAAUAAAAAGGAAUUGGAGGUUCACAGUUAGCCACACUGGCAGGGUGGGGAUGGUCUGUAACAGGGGUCUGCAGUUUCUGGAGGAGAUGAUAAUUUUUAACUAAAGUAAUUUGAAUUCUACUUAAGUUUCUGAAAGUAACUGAAAAGCGGGAGUUUUCUUUUUCUUUUAAAGCCAAAGUCUUUCCAUUUUCGAACGAGGUUUCACAGGAAAAUGGGCCAAAGAAUACAAUUAAAUAUGCAAAUGGUUAAUCCUAUGGAAAAGGGUAUCCUGUUAUCUUGAUAUGCACAAGCAUAUUGAUGGUAAUAGGAACAAUGUGUGUAAUUUUCCUGUAUAUUGCUAUGUAGGUUGCACUAUUUUGAAUGACAUAAGCCUGAUAUUUUAAUUACCAAAUACCAUAAGAUGCUGUUUAUUAAUAGUUUAAACUUAUUAACCUAAAUAUAUAUACAGUAUACACAGGCGUGCGUGCAUACACCUUCCAACCCUGUCAUGCGUGAGUAAUCUCCCAACGCUGUGGGACACAUUUCAGCAGUGCUUUAUUUUAAGUGGUUUUCUCCUUUCCAAACCUCCCACAUCUAGAAAUCCUCUAGCAGCAUUUAUUGUAGUGUUUGGUAUUGGUUACAGAAGGGGCCAGAGGACUCCUCUGUGCUAGGACAUGUGGAAAUGUGCAGAGAGUUCCUGCCCAAAAGAGCUGGAAUCGAUGCUGGCUGUAAUAACCAAGCUGCAGGAAAAGGAUGGCUUUUCAUGCUGGUUUAAAAAUCUUGGCCAGAGAGGCUCUACCGGCCUGGAGACUGACCUUAAACUCGGUGUCAGCUCAUGUGAUCCACAUCUGCUCCUUAAACACACGGCUUAAGGCAGCUGGGGAAGGAUCCUCCAGAACAAGAUUCCCAUGGAAGAGCAGCAGUGUGUGCACCACUUGUGUUCUCCCGUGCAGACUGGGCAGGGUCAGGAUGGCAUUUGCAUGCCAGGCAGGAUUUAGUAGUGGUGGGUAAAUCACUUCUCUCCAUGCACAGGCUUUUGUGCUUGCUAGUACUGGUAAUGUGGAGAUUUCCACCAAGGAAUGUGUGUGAUGUUUGGCUUCUUUUCUAAAUUUACAAUUCUCUAACUAAAACUUAAAAAAAAUACCUUGGAAUCAUUUCUUGGAAAUAUUCUUGAACUGUUUUUGAAGGAGAAAAUUGUAUAAUUAUAAUUUUUUCCACCUUAACCAAGAAACAAUACCUUCUUUAGGGUCAAAUUUUGUCUACUGCUCAUUACAAGUGUGUUUUGGAGCAGAACUUGGUUUCAAGAAAAUUUUUGCUUAGCUUAUUCUUACCUGGUCUAGGUUUGGAUUCCAAAUGUGGAAAAAACACCUUUUGACUUAAAUAGGGGUGUGUGAGGGAGUGAUGGGAGAGCAGAUCCUUAGUGCAGUUCAGGCUCAGAUUUUAAAGAUCCCAUGAUUUAAAACCUCAUGUUGCAAACAUUUGGAAAUUACAUCAUAUAAAAUUGCAUGCAGCUAGGAAAGAAACCAGUGCAAUUGCAGUGAGAGCUGUUCAUGCUUGCUAUCAGGUGUAAUAUUUUGGAAUAGUCCUGCUGAUCUCAGAAUGUCCAUGGUGCACCCAUGAAGAACAGGCUGAUCCCUCUGUUUUCACACCUCACACCCACAUGCACAGUGGAUCUCGUGCUUUCCCUGCUGAAACCAGGAGGCACAAACAGAAUUCAUUAAUGUGGUAGGCAAACUCCUACCUGAUUCUUAACUCAUCGCUACAUUUUUAUGCAAAAUUUCCAUCCAUCCAUGUCAGGGUCUCGCAAACACUUCACCUGUGAGUUAAUAAUGAUUUUAGUUCCUCAGAUUUACAUUCACACUAAAUCUGAAGGGCAUUUUGUGCUUCCUUUUAUCCUGUUUAAGGAUAUUUUUGGGCUUAGAUGAAACAGUAAUAUUUCUGUGCUGCUAAACAAAACCCACCAGAAAUAUGUUAAAGUCUCGAAUUAUACUUUGAAAAACAUUUUUUACCUGUUUACUUGAAUAAUUUCAAUUUAAUGUGUUGUCUUGGUCAGUUUUUGUACAUAUACAUGUGUAUAUAUAUAUAAGUUAUAUAUAAAUAUGUAUAUGUAUAAAGUUUUUGGGAAGAAUGAGGGGCAAGACAGAAUGUAGUGUUGUGACAAAGGUUCUACAACCAUUUAUUAACAGUUCCAAGUAUUGUUGUUUUGAGUUUGAUUAGAAGUUAUUUGCAGUGGAACAAUGAAAAAUGAAAUGUAACCGAGAAAAAGAGAAUUCAGAAUAUUAACUUAGGAUUUUUUUCACAAAGAAUAUGAGUUACUAGUACAGUUGGAAAAAUAUUAUUGCUUUGAUGGGGGAAAAGAACUCCAUGUGUAAUAGUUUAUAUCAAUUACAUGGAGCACUAACCUACAUUGCACUAGGAUAAAGUCGCAUGCCAAAAAUCAAAUUUUACCAGAAAUCUUGGAACCAUUCAGUUCCAUACACAGUAAAGUAAAAAACUCAUCACUUCUGUUAUUUACUAGUGCAGUUUGCUGUAACACUCUCAAAAGUGUCAUACUUCAAACCAAAGGGUAAGUCACAAACUUCCAAUUACUAGCAAAGAAUAGUAGAGAUUUGAAGAGCUCUUAACACCUGAGGAAGUAAAUCAGGAUGUUAGAGUCAAAAUAAAAGAAUAUUGGUGAGGUGGAAUCAACCAUAAAAUAAUUAUUUUUUUAGAGAAUCCAGAACUUUUUUAUAAAAUUCACAGUCUAAUGGAUUCUUCGAAAGAAAGGGUCUGGGGGAAAAGAGAAGAUUUAAAAUCUAGUUUUGACAUUCCAGUUACUGCCUGUUUUAUUAGCAAGGUUCAGCAAAGUGGAAUGAAUCUGAACACAAGCAGUUUGAGCUGCUGUGUGGCACAGACAUGUGAACACCCAGCUCACCCUCUGUCCCUUCCUCUGAGAUGUGGGGCUGGCUGGAGCUGCCCCAGAGCACCCAGUGCACCCAGAGGAGCUGGGAUCACUCACCUCUCCUGUGUUCACAUCCUGUCUCACUGCACUUCACCCUCACCAUAUUCUAACCCAGUGCAUGACUGAGUGCUAAUACUGUAUAAAUAUUUUGAAACAUAUCUUAAAAAAAAAAAAGAAAAAAAAUGUUUGCUUCAAACUUUUUAUGAUAGAGAAAUAUAUAAUUAUUAUGGUUGUCUUACAAAUUGUAUUGUGUUCUUUUUUUUUUUUUGUUAAAUAUGUAGAAAAACAUUAAGGGAAUGGGGGACUUGAAUGUCUGUGUGUACUGAAAUGUAUAUAACUAUUUGGAAGAACACAUGUGCCAAGUAUAACAUGAUGUAAAAAUUGUAAAUAUAUGAAAAAUUCAUUUUUCUAAUAAAGAUAAUUUCUGCCAAUUAAUAUGAAAA